UUUGCCUUCGGACUUCUCCGGGGCCAGCAGCCGCCCGACCAGGGGCCCGGGGCCACGGGCUCAGCCGACGACCAUGGGCUCAGUGUCCAACCAGCAGUUUGCAGGUGGCUGCGCCAAGGCGGCAGAAGAGGCACCCGAGGAGGCGCCGGAGGACGCGGCCCGGGCGGCGGACGAGCCUCAGCUGCUGCACGGUGCGGGCAUCUGUAAGUGGUUCAACGUGCGCAUGGGGUUCGGCUUCCUGUCCAUGACCGCCCGCGCUGGGGUCGCGCUCGACCCCCCAGUGGACGUCUUUGUGCACCAGAGUAAACUGCACAUGGAGGGGUUCCGGAGCUUGAAGGAGGGUGAGGCAGUGGAAUUCACCUUUAAGAAGUCAGCCAAGGGUCUGGAAUCCAUCCGUGUCACCGGACCUGGUGGGGUGUUCUGUAUUGGGAGUGAGAGGCGGCCAAAAGGGAAGAACAUGCAGAAGCGCAGAUCAAAAGGAGACAGGUGCUACAACUGUGGAGGUCUAGACCAUCAUGCCAAGGAAUGCAAGCUGCCACCCCAGCCCAAGAAGUGCCACUUCUGCCAGAGCAUCAGCCAUAUGGUAGCCUCAUGUCCGCUGAAGGCCCAGCAGGGCCCUAGUGCACAGGGAAAGCCAACCUACUUUCGGGAGGAAGAAGAAGAAAUUCACAGCCCUGCCCUGCUCCCGGAGGCGCAGAAUUGAGCCACAAUGGGUGGGGGCUAUUCUUUUGCUAUCAGGAAGUUUUGAGGAGCAGGCAGAGUGGAGAAAGUGGGAAUAGGGUGCAUUGGGGCUAGUUGGCACUGCCAUGUAUCUCAGGCUGGGAUUCACACCAUCACCCUUUCUUUCCUCUAGGUGGGGGGAAAGGGUGAGUCAAAGGAACUCCAAUCACGCUCUGUCCAAAUGCAAGUGAGGGUUCUGGGGGCAACCAGGAUGGGGGAAUCACCCUGCAACCUGCAUACUUUAUCUGAGGCUCCAUUCCCAGAAUUUCCAGCUUUUGAAAGUGGCCUGGAUAGGGAAGUUGUUUUCCUUUUAAAGAAGGAUAUAUAAUAAUUCCCAUGCCAGAGUGAAAUGAUUAAGUAUAAGACCAGAUUCAUGGAGACAAGCCACUACAUUCUGUGGAAGGGAAUCUCUCAGGAGUAAGCAGUGUUUUUUUUUUUUUUUUCACAUCUUGUAUCCUCAUACCCACUUUUGGGAUAGGGUGCUGGCAACUGUCCCAAGCAAUGGGUAAUGAUGAUGGCAAAAAGGGUGUUUGGGGGAACAGCUGCAGACCUGCUGCUCCUGUGCUCACUCCUGCCCCAUUCUGAGCCAAUGUGAUUUUAUUUAUUUGCUCCCUUGGAUACUGCACCUUGGAUCCCACUUUCUCCAGGAUGCCAACUGCACUAGCUGUGUGCGAAUGACGUAUCUUGUGCAUUUUAACCUUUUUUUCCCUUAAUAUAAAUAUUCUGGUUUUGUAUUUUUGUAUAUUUUAAUCUAAGGCCCUCAUUUCCUGCACUGUGUUCUCAGGUACAUGAGCAAUCUCAGGGAUAAGCCGGCAGCAGCUCCAGGUCUGCGCAGCAGGAAUACUUUUUGUUGUUUUUGCCACCAUGGAGAGCAACUAUUUGGAGUGCACAGCCUAUUGAACUACCUCAUUUUUGCCAAUAAGAGCUGGCUUUUCUGCCAUAGUGUCCUCUUGAAACCCCCUCUGCCUUGAAAAUGUUUUAUGGGAGACUAGGUUUUAACUGGGUUGCCCCAUGACUUGAUUGCCUCCUACUGGAAGAUUGGGAAUUAGUCUAAACAGGAAAUGGUGGUACAGAGGCUAGCAGAGGCUGGGCCAAGUGAAAGGCCCAGAGAGCAAGCCAAGAUUAGGUGAGGGUUGUCUAAUCCUAGGGCACAGGACGUGUUUUACAUCUCCAGAUCCAUUCUUCACCAGAUAAGGCUAGGCCUACCAUGCACCACAGGGUGUGUGUGUGUUUGUAAAACUGCAGUUGCCAAGGAUAAGUUUUAAGACCAAUACCCCUGUACUUAAUCCUGUGCUGUCCAAGGAUGGAUAUAUGAAGUAAGGUCUAAGAUUCUUAACCUGUCAAAAUUCUCGGGUUCCAGGGAGACACACAAGUGAGGGCUUUGUGGUGCCUGGGGCCUGUGUCCUGCCCUGCUGCAGUAGUGAUUAAUAGUGUCAUGGUAGCUAAAGGAGAAAAAGGGGGUUUCGUUUACAUGCUGUGAGAUCACCGCAAACCUACCUCACUGUGUUGAAACGGGACAAAUGCAAUAGAACGCAUUGGGUGGUGUGUGUCUCUUCCUGGGUUCUUGUCUCCCCUAAAUGCUGCCCCCCCUCUAGUUAUUGUAUUUGUCUGGGCUUUAUAGGACUUCACUAAGUUGAUUGCUAGGUGGCCUAGUUUGUGUAAAUAUAAUGUAUUGGUCUUUCUCCGUGUUCUUUGGGGGUUUUGUUUACAAACUUCUUUUUGUAUUGAGAGAAAAAUAGCCAAAGCAUCUUUGACAGAAGGUUCUGCACCAGGCAAAAAGAUCUGAAACAUUAGUUUGGGGGGCCCUCUUCUUAAAGUGGGGAUCUUGAACCAUCCUUUCUUUUGUAUUCCCCUUCCCCUAUUACCUAUUAGACCAGAUCUUCUGUCCUAAAAACUUGUCUUCUACCCUGUCCUCUUUUCUGUUCACUCCCAAAAGAAAACUUACACACCCACACUCAUACACAUUUAACACUUGGAGUGUCUCCACAACUCUUAAACGAUGUAUGCAAAAAUCCUGAAGCUAGGAAAACCCUCUAUCCCUUGUUCCCAACCACCUAAGUCAAGACCAUUACCAAUUCUUUUUUUUUUUUUAAGAUGGAGUCUCUAUCACCCAGGCUGGAGUGGAGUGGCAUGAUUGGCUCACUGCAGCCUCUGCCUUUU